GGCCAGAGGCAGAGCCACUUCAAGCAAACCCCUCCCUCAUUUUCUUUCCCCCUCUUUCGCACCCGCUCAGCCACUAUCGCACGUGAGCCCAACCUCGGCUGCUUGGAAGUGCUCAAGGACAGCAUGCUACCCGUGAUGGGGGUGGCCCCUCCCCUGCCGCCAGAUCCGCGGUCUCGCUGGCACGCAGACCUGAUCGAGGCUUUCCGUGCUGCGGUGGCCCGGGACUUUGAUCGGAGCCUCGAGCGCCUGGCGCAUCUUCCCUGGAUUGGCCCCGGCUUUGUCAUGGACCCGGGCAAAUGCCCCUCGAGCGAGGACUUCUGGUGCUCGGUGGAUCUGCUCUCCUUCGUGGCUGUUGACAUCCAAGCUCGGGCACAUGUUGCCGCCGGAUCCGCGCUAGGCACCACCCUUCGUCGCGUGGUUAGCUCGAUCUCCGCCCUGAGCUCGAAUGACGUGCCCUCGGCGGGCUUUCCCUUUUUCCGAAGUGCGGCUCUGCGGCUGCUGAGGGCUGCGUUCCUUCGGUCAACAGGUCUCAGUGUCGCGGCGGGCAUCUACCAGCACCAUGCGCCGCGGUUGCUCCAUGAGCCGGAGUGGCACGAGUGCAUGCUCCGUGGCUUGGAGCAUGGGGCCGACAGUGGCAUGUCCCCGCCGGAGGGACAGCCGCUGGCGGCCCUCAUCCAGGCGGUUGUAUAUGCUUCGGUGUGUGGUCUCCGACAGCAGGUGCCUCUAGCAGGGGCUGCCCCCGGGGAGGCUUUGCGGGCGGCCGUCGCCUCGUUCCUGGACUUCCGUGCACACUUUCUCCGGGUCCAGAGACUGCUGCGAUGGGCAUCCGACGCCCGGGUGGGGGCUUGGCCCCGGCAAGAGUUUGACUGUGCAUACUUCUUCUGUCUGGCCAUGUGGCGGUUAGCCGCGGCAAGCAUGCUAUCGGUGGCCCUCGCAUGUGACGGGGCAUCCGGCAUGUUGUCGGCGGCCGAUGCGGGCCGCCUGCUUGCCCGGCUCUAUGGGGAGCCGGUGCUUGCAUCGACCCCGGUGGCCAGUGCCCGCUUUGCUGCGAGCGAGGCUGAGCAGAUGCAAUGUGACGGGAUGUCGGUCGAUGCGGACCGCUUGGCCGGUGACCUGCGAGCUGAGGUGUAUGCGGCGCACACCCUCCUGCGUCUUGCUUGUCGAGCCCCCUCGGCCGGGACAGACGCCUCUCUGGUGCGCGUGGCCUGGAUGCGCAUCCUGUGGGCCCGGGCCAUCGGGCAAACAAUGGAGCCUGCCGCCGGGCUCGAGGCCGGCAAGUGGCCGGCCACAGGCCCGGCGGCCGGCGGCCCCCUGGGCGCGGACUUGGUCCUCUUCGGCCUGCAGGGGUCCCCCUCGGGCUUGGGGCUAGCUGGUCCGGAUGCACGCCUGCUGGGGGAAAUCUCUCGGCGGCUGGCCGAUCGCCGGACAACGGCGGCAACGCGUGCGCAGCUGGCCGGCAACCAUGGGCAUCAGGCCAGUUCGCUGGCCCAACGCGUGGCCGCCGGCCUGCUGCAGGUGUCCUGGCGCCCGGAGUCCAAGCACGAGGACCUGUGGCGUGCCGGCAACUGGGAAGCCCUGGUGGCGGAUCUGGCCCCAGCGGCCGCGGCCGACACGGGGUCGCGAGGCACCGGGCUUGCCCUGCUUUCUGGGGCCACGCCUGCCGGGGUCAGUGCCAAGGGGCGGGCCCCGGUCGCCGGUCAGACAGAUCGAUCCCCGGACGGGCCUCCCAUCAGUGCUGACACUGGGGCCGGGAUCCAUGGCAGUGACCUGGCUCUGGCCCUGGCGGGAGAGGUGGUGCGGCAGGUGGCCGACUUCCCUGCUGGGCCGAUGUCGCACCUGGGCUUCGCUUUGGGCGAUCUCACCGAGGACAUCCUCUUCCCGGGCGCCGGUCCACCGGAGCCGGCCAAUGGCCGGGCCACAGCCCCGCCGGCCGGGGGGGGGGGCACGGCAGCGAGCCCCUUCGACCCGAUGCGCCUGUUGCGGGUGUCGCUGGGUCGCGAAUGAGUCCCACGUGUACAAUGAAUCACAUGUGUGUACGCGGGCGCGCGGUCGGCCGGGAAAUUCGUUGGCACUAUAUCGGACCACGGCGGCCGUGUAUGUAUGUGGUGUGUAUGUCAGA